GCGACGCUCACAGCUUGCUCGAUGAGUGCAUCAUGUGGACAACACCGUACGGGCUGCAGCUGCAGUUCGACUGGAGAGCUGAUGGAGACAACAGCAGGGGCAUGAAGCUCUACAUUCAUCUCAAGGACAAACUGGCUGUGAAAAAGAAGAAGCGCUGGAGUCAGAUUAUGUACAUGAGUUACAUACUGGAUUACGCUGCCUACUACAAACCGCUCGGUAUGGAAAGUGAAGUCAUCAAAAAUGAACACAUCAGGCCAGGAAUAGGAGACAGCCAGGAUAACUCUCUCCGCCUGCACGCAGAAAAGCCUUGGAGGGGCACCACCGGUGGUGAACAGGAGAUAACAAUCGAGUUGGGAGAAACGGCGGUUUCGGUGACCGGUAUCAUACUGCAAGCUGGAGUCAAGGGGGAACGUGUGGAAAAGAUUAAGGUCAAUGAAGGAGAGGAAAUAGAAGUUCCGUGGUCUACCACACCGCCUAGCACACCCCAUGCCAACAGUACCGUAACGUGUCUCUUGGAACCAAGCAUUCUCACGAAAGAGUUGACCGUUACACUGCUUGACUGGACAGGGAAAGACGAUACUCCACCACAGCAACCGUGUCUGAGGAUGGAGAUACUUGGACACAUAGACGCGUCCAACAAACCACUCGGCAUGGAAAAUGGUGAUAUCAAAGAUAAGCAGAUCAAGGCGACUCCGAAAUGCUGUGAGGACAACUCUCUUCGACUAGGAGCAACAAAACCCUGGAAAGGCAACAUUGCUUCUAGUAAUUCUGAACAGAAAAUAUCCAUCGACUUAAAAGAAAAGUCAUUGGUAACUGGCAUCAUAUUGCAAGCUGCAGGAGAAAACGAGGGGCGUGUGACCAAGAUCAGGGUUGCAAAUCAGGUAGAUGAUGACAUUGACCGUGACACGUACAUCCUAGCAACUGACGCUGACGUCAAGUUCACUCCAAAAUCAGCCAAUAAACUGCUGGACAGAGCACAAUGGGACACGGAUGUGGGCGCUGUUUGCGGCAGGACACACUGUCUUGGCAACGGGGCGAUGUUCUGGUUACAACUUUUCGACUAUGCAGUGGGGCACUGGUUUCAAAAGGCCGCUAACAGUACAUUUGGAACUGUACUCUGCUGCCCGGGCUGCUUUAGUGUGUACCGUUGCAGUGCCAUUAGAAAGUGUGUCUCGACCUAUGCAACAAAGGCAGAGAAGGCCGAGGACUUUCUCAUGAAGGACAUGGGGGAGGACCGCUGGCUCUGUACGCUCAUGAUUGAGCGUGGUUACCGGCUGGUAUACACCUCUAUUGCGGAGAACAGCACCUUUGUUCCUGUAUCUUUCAACGAUUUUUUCAACCAGCGCAGGCGGUGGGGACCUUCCACCAUCGCCAACCAGGUCGAGUUGAUGAGGAAAUGGUGUAAGGUGGUCAGGAACCCUCAUGUAUCCCACCUGUUCCUGCUGUACCAGACCCUUCUCUUCCUCUCCUUCCUGAUUGGACCAGCAACUGCAAUUCUUAUUGCGGCCGGAGGAUUGGACUUCUACGUGUCCGGAAGUUUUCCUUUGGAGGCAACCAUAGCCAUCAUGUCGAUUCUGACUUUCAUGUUUGGCUACGUCUGUCUGAAGUGCAAGCAAGAAACUCAGCUAAAGUGGGCCAAGGCCCUGGGUGCCAUGUUUGGAGUCGUCAUGAUCAUGACUACGGUAGCCUUGGUGGAGAAGAUUGUGAUAACCAUCAGGACUAUUACUGGCUCAUCUGAGGGGGUCAGCCCAGUCGAAGUUUUGACUCAGCUGGACACGUAUUACUUCAUUGCCACGAUCGGGAUGUUUCUGGUGGCAGGACUGAUUCACUUUCGUGAAUCCUACUGUCUUCUUCAUGGGGUUCUAUACUUCUUCGCCCUUCCCACAACUUUCAUCUUCCUAAACAUCUACGGUAUCUGUAACAUCACCGACAAGUCCUGGGGAACUCGAGAGGGAAAAACAACUGAUGGGGUCAAGGAGAGUAACAAAAACCUGUUUGACACCAUUGGACAGAAGUUCAGAAAUGUGCUCGGAAACGUUCAAGAAUCUGGAGGAGGAGCCAGUUUUGACACGGAGGACGGCAGGGCCCAGAAUGUCGCUGCUGGCAGAAAUGGUGAAGCAACACAUGGACGUGCUGAAAACAGUCCUUUACUAACCAUUAAAGAGGAGAAGGAUCCUGGUCAAGAAGAAUCUAUAGGAGGAGCCAAUGCUGACACAGAGGACGGCAGGGCCCAGAAAGCCGCUGAUACCCGAAAUGAUGGUGCCAUACGCAGAAGAAAAAAUACCCAAAUGGUGGACCCGGGAAUAAAGAUUCAGAAUUGGUUGCAGGAAGUAGUAUUCAAUGGGGACGAAUAUCUGACGGUAAGGCUCAGCCUGGUGCUUCAAAUUAUGACUAACAGAUUCGGCACUUAUGUUGUACUUCCACAUGCCCUGUGAUGCUGAGAAAGAGGCAGAAAAAUAUGAAUUGAAUAAUUGUUAUCAUUUCAGAUUAGAUAUUUAAAGAAAUUCACCGAUAAUGGAUACGACGACACUAGCUACAUUGCGGAAAUGACGUCAGAGGUAAGUCACUUUAUAGCAGCGUUUUAGCGCAAUAAAACGACAUUGAUAUAUAUAUUUUUUAAAUCCUUCAACUUAAAUUUUAUUUACGACUUACUACUUUGGCAUCAUUGGAAACAGAUGUAUUUCUUGCUUAGGUGCACGUGUUGCGUUAAGGCCACACCAAUUUAAUUUCUUGGU